AUGUAUGUUGCACGUAGUGUGCAGAGUCAGACGGCGUUUGCGGAUAUGCGCUGCGUUACGCGGCGCGGCGUGUGUUCGUUGUACAUUACAGAAGCGGGCUGCGUCAUCGUCUGCGCAAACAAACAUAAUGAGCAAUCAAUAUGUUCCUUGAAGCAGUUCCAGUGUACCAACGGCAAAUGCAUACCCAGCAUGUGGGUGUGCGAUUUGGAAAAAGACUGCGAAGACAACUCCGAUGAAGAAAUUGAAGAAUGCAAAAAAGUGUGGGAGAGCCAAUCUUCGGCACGAAUGGGUCGGCUCGACCGGAGUGAUACCACGGCCUCACAGAAUACCGGCGUGAAACAACCACAGCGUUGUGUUUCGCCGUGUGAGUGAGGUUACCGGAGGCCCAAUCAUUCCCCUUCCCCAAUCCCUAAAUCUUCAAAACCCUAAUCCCUUAAAGGUUGGCAACGCACUUGUAACUCUUCUGUUGUUGUGGGUGUCGAUGGGCGGCGCUGAUUGAUUACCAUCAGGUAAUCCGUCUGCUC